AUGGAAUGGCGUGGCGACGCAUUGCAGAUCUAUUUUGCUCAUAUGAAGAAUGACCAAGCUUUACGGAUCUUUUGGGCAUGUAAUGAUUUUGACGGAACAGACUUACUAUUUCCCGGUAACAACCAAUACGAGCGGUUUCAGAAGUCGCUGCAACGAAUUCUGACACAGCAAGAUGUCGCCGCUGAGCUGAGCCGCCAGCGACUUAAAGCUACGGAGCUAGGUACUCAUUCUAUGCGAAAAGGUGCGGCUACGUUCUGCUCGUCUGGAUCGACUGUGUGUCCAUCAUCGACAGCAGUACAUUUGCGAGCAGGUUGGUCCUUAGGAGGUGUCCAGAAUACAUAUCUUCGAUACGAGGCAGCUGGCGAUAAGCACGUCGGCCGCACUGUUGCUGGUCUACCUACGGAGAGUUCACAGUUUUCUAUUUUGGCUCCACACUUUGAGGAUCACGAGGAAUGGGUGAAAACUGGAGUUAAACUGAUGUUUCCUGGUAUUCCAGAGAGGUUGGAAUUUGUAGCGGAGUAUUGCUAA